CUUCUCUUCUUCUUCUUCUUCUUCUUCUUCAACGAGUUCACAGAGUUCAAGCUCUGUUUCAAUGGAGUACGAGAGGAUUCACAAGCCCUCUCCUCAGGGCGGUGGGUUAUCGCCGGCGAAGCUGAGAGCGAUGCUCUUGGGUGGAGCUGAGAAGAGGAAGAAAGAAGAGGAUGAGAUCGAGUCUAGGUUCUACUUCAGAUCCAACUCUGGCUCUGAGAUCGAAAGCAGGAGGGGAAGCACGUCGGAUGAUUGUAGGGAUUUGGAUAUGGUGAGUAGUCACACGUCGUCGAGCUCCAGAGUGAGAUCUCAGGAUGAGGAGUCUUUGGAUUCGGAGAUCGGAAUGCAAGGGUUUGAGUUCCAGAAGGCCGGGCGUGGUGGUGGCGUUCUGAGGCCUCCGCUUGCUUCGCCGUUCUUGAAGCCGGCUCCUUCGAAGUGGGACGACGCGCAGAAGUGGAUCAAUAGUCCGGGUCCGAACAAGAAUGGUAGGGUUGGGGUGACGGUGAUGGGGAAGAAGUUGGGAAACAGACCGCCGCCACCGCCGGCGAAGGUGGUUUUGGAGGUCAUGGAGGAAGGGGAAACUAAGAGGGUUGAUUUGGGGCAAGGGAAGAAGAAUGCUGAUAACUCUGUCAAUGACUUUGCAACUGUUUGCAGUCGCCAUGAUUCAUCGAUUUUGAUACAAAGUGAUGCUGCGAUGUCACUGAUUAACCCUGUAUCAACAGCUAGAUCUGUAUGUAUGAGAGAUAUGGGAACAGAGAUGACUCCUAUUGCUAGCCAAGAACCUUCAAGGACUGGAACUCCUAUAAGAUCGACAACACCUGCUCGUAGUCCUAAUUCUUCCUGGCCAUCAUCACCUCUGAGAAGUGUAUCGACUGAAGAGACUGACAGAAAGGAAUCGUCUAAGAAAGAUGUGCAAAUGAAAAUUCGAGAAGAGAUCAAGGUUCUCGGAACACAGUUGGGGAAGAAGAACAUAGCAGCUUGGGCAGACGGGGAACAAGAGGAAAAGGAUCGAUCUACUUCAUUUAAGAGGAAUGUUAUUGAUGAACAACCACAGCAAAGUGUUGCUGAAAUUCGUGCCACUGCCUGGGAGGAAGCUGAGAAAGCAAAGUACCUGGCCAGAUUUAAAAGGGAAGGGAUCAGAAUUCAAGCAUGGGAGGAUCAUCAGAAAGCACUGAUAGACACUGAAAUGAAGAAAAUUGAGGCAACUGUAGAAAGAAUGAAAGCUGAUGCGCAUGAAAGUUUUAUGAAAAAGCAAGCAUUUAUUAGGCAAAAAGCCGAAACAAAGCUUCAAGCAGCGAUAGCCAAAAGAAAUCAGCAAGCUGCAAAAAUAGCUCGACAAGUAGAGUAUAUCAGAAAAACCGGCCGGGUUCCCUCCUCGUUUUCCUGCUGGGAUUGGUGCAUCUAAUUGUAUUUUACCAAAGCAACUAUCACUUGGUAUGUGCAAGUAUUUUUAUCCAAGUGUUUCAGUGAAGUUCUGUACUGUCAUCUAUUUCAACAUGCUAUUUUCUUUAAUGUUUGCUAUUCUUUACUUGUGAUGCUAAUUUUGAUCACACAAAAUGAGAAAUAUUCUAUUUUCUAUUUUUC